UCGAUGGAGAUGACUAGAAGAGACUUCGCAUGAUCGUAGUCAAACUCUGCGUCCGGUGCCGUGUCCUUCCUAGAAAUCAUCCCCGCCCGAGUACGAAAAAUCAAACAAAAGUAACCCAAAAACCACGCAGAUCCAUCUCCGUGCUCUCGCGGGGGCGGACGGGAUGGCCUCGUCGGCGGCGGCGACGUACCGGUGCGCGGAGUGCGGCGCGGACCUGAAUCUGUCGGCGGCGCAGCUGUACCCGGAGGGCGUCUACUUCGAGGCCGGCAACAAGGGGACGCUGUCCUUCUCGUGGGUGGACGAGUCGCGGCUGCGGUUCGCGCCGGAGGACAGGAUCCGCCCCUUCUUCGAGACGCUCAACUACUGGGGGAUCCAGCGGAAGCGGACGCGGAUCAGCUGCGACGCCUGCGGCCGCCUCCUCGGCUACGUCUACGACGACGGCCCGCCGGUCAUGGAGGGCACCGGCCAGUUCGGGAUGGGCCCCAGCCAGGUCAUCCCUCGCCGGCCGAGGUACCGGAUCAAGACCAAGGCCGUCACCGUGGCCAACCCUCCGGCUGCCGCACCGUACAGAUGAAAGCUUAUACAUGUCGUGAUUCGCGAACGAACUUUUGAGAGUUUUGUGCUGUAAUUAGGACCUGUAAAACGUGUUCCACUGUGAUCUUGUUUCGUCAGUUGCAAUAAAAUGUAUGAGAACUGGCGUUGGUUCAUGGUAAAUCCACGCAAUUUCUCCCCAAAUCAAGACUACAGUAGGUUUCUUUGCCGGUUUGCCAUAAAGCACGUUGCUAUUUAAGAUAGCUCGCCUUAUCGGGGCAUUUAAUUUUUUUGCCACUUUUAGAAAUGACACGUUGUCACUCGCUGUUAAUGACACGUAGGGCCUCAUGUG